CUGGUAGAGAUUAGCAGCAAUUCCGACUCAUUGAUACUGAUCACUGGACAUUCUUUUGGAGGCUGUGUAGCUACCCUUUCACCUUAUGGCUGCUACAAAGCCUCGACUUGUCGAAAGUGAAACGCCCCCUUUGCAUCACUUUUGGUUCCCCCUUGAUCGGUGAUGGAAAUCUCCGACAAUGUGUGUUGCAAUUCUCAAAAUGGAGUUCUUGCUUCUUGAAUGUAGCCUCUAUCAACGAUCCUGUACCUAAAGUCUUCUUAACCGCUUCGCAAGCAAAUGACUAUAAGCCUUUCGGAACAUUCCUAUUGUGCUCCACUUCGGGUUGUUCUUGCUUUGAGGACCCUAUUGCCAUUUUGCAACUGUUGGUAGAAACCAGCUCUCAGAGUGCUCAAAUUCAAGGUCCGAAUUCGGGGAUUCAGUUUUUCGAUUAUGGACAGAUUUUGAGUGAUCUCAAGCUGAAGGCAUUUUCUAGAGAUGUCUUUGAGUUGGUUGAAGAGGAUAGAUUUCCACUUAAAGCUGGAAUUAAAACACAAUUAGCGGCAAUAUUUGGAGUUAAUAGCUCACAGUCAUUGCAGCAGCAACGACCCGACAUAAAUUUCGGCAAUCUGAUACAAAAGAUGGAAACUCAAGAACGUCAGCACGCAAACCAGAAGAAGCAGGUUUACAGUUCUUUCGGGAAAUUGAAUGAGAUUAAAAAGUACAUGGCCUACAUGGAAUGGUACAAGGGGCAUUCCAAAACCAUGGGAAUUGGAUACUAUGACAGCUAUAAAAACAAGGGUAACACAUAUGACAAUGAUGCCGAAGGGUUGAAGAACAAGCUCUCUCGCUACUGGCAGGACACAGUUGAAGAAGUUGAGAGAAAGCCCCAGGAAGAAGAAGCCGCAAUGCGUACUGGCUUUCUAUUUGCUGGAACCAAUUGCAGAAGGAUGAUCGAACCGCUUCACAUUGCAGACCACUACAAGGGAGGUAAAAAAGAUUACAUAAAGGAAAGGCCUCGACAUUUCGUUCUGUUGGAGCGAUGGUUCAAUGAAGACGAGGAAAAGAAGAAGGCAGAGAGAGAGAAGAAAGAAAGGGAGAACCCCCAACUGCGCAGCGAAAGCAAGCCCAACUCAAAAGCAAAGAAUGUGGCUUCUAGUCUGAAUGAUGAUUCUUGUUUUUGGGCGCACGUCGAGGAAGCGCUUAUCUUGUGCAACAAACAAGCGAGUAAUCCAAAUAUCGAAUUUGAGCAGUACGUGCUGAAUAAUCUCGAGAAGUUUGCAGUAACGCCUGACAUUUUCUUGGCCCAAAGCAGCUACAUGCAAUGGUGGAACGAGUACAAAAAAAGGGUGGGAAAUGACUAUUCCUCACCACUCGCCAAGGUCAUGAAGCGUCACACUUAUACCAAGUAUGCGGAGGGGGUCUCGGUUCUUGCUGAUAUCUAAUGCAGGAUAAUUAAGUUUUAAGCAAGCAAUUAAAUUAAAUAAAGCAAGAUUAGUUAUGUUGUAUUCAGUGGCGGAGCCACGAUUUUAGGUGAGGAGGGGCCUCACAUAAAUGUGAAAAAAAUUAAAUAAUGCAUGCUUGGAGUUGUGAGCUAAUUAUUUUUGAGGCUCUAAA